AGAAAUGUCAAUGGGUUCACGUCAGUGUCAGUGACAAAAUCCAGAGGAUUGUUUUCAUCUUCAUCUGUAACAAAAAUCUUUGGUGAUUUUGGAACGAAAAUACAUCGAAAUGUACAUGUUCAGGAAAACAUAUAUUUUUUCUUAAUGAAACAAUGAACAGUAGCUCUUAUUCAUCUCAUGGUAUAAGGGAAAAUGUUGAAAUUUGGUUCGAAACAUGACAGUAACAUUAUUUAUAAAUGUACAGUUAGAUUAUUAGAAGACACUGAAAUAUUAGAGUGCGAAUAUAGGUUACAUCAUAAGGGUAAAUAUUUAUUGGACUAUGUCUGUCAACAGUUAAAUUUGGUUGAACAAGAUUAUUUUGGACUACGAUAUGUCGACAUUACUAAUCAAAGGCAUUGGUUAGAUUUGGAAAAAUCCAUAUACAAGCAAGUCAAGGACUUAGAGCCUGUAUUAUUUAGCUUUCGUGUUAAAUUUUAUCCACCAGAUCCUUUCAAACUGAAGGAGGAGAUUACACGCUAUCAAAUUUUUUUACAACUGAAACGUGAUUUACUACAUGGAAGGCUAUGUUGUCGAAAUGAAGAUGCAGCAAUGUUAGCUGCUCUUGUAGUACAAAGUGAACUUGGUGAUUAUGAUCCAGACAUUCAUGAAGGAAGCUAUAUAUCUGAUUUAAAGAUAUUAUUGAAACAAACUCCAUCCAUUGAAGAGAAAGCAAUGGAAAUACAUCAGAAAAAACUGAAAGGGGAAGAUUCUGCUCAGAUUGAAACUAAAUUUUUGAAGUUAGCCUGUCCUUUAGACUCUUACGGCAUAGAUCCUCAUCCUGUGAAGUUUCAGGAUCAUAAAAGCAAUGUAUUAUACCUUGGAAUCAACUAUAGUGGAAUAUUAACUAUUCAGGGUAGUAAAAAAACUCAUCACUUCAAAUGGUCUGAUAUUCAAAAAUUAAAUUAUGAAGGAAAAAUGUUCAUCAUACAUCUUGGAGUUAAUGAGAAGAAACACACUGUGGGUUUCAAAUGUGCAACUGGAGCAUCAUGCAGGCAUAUUUGGAGGUGUGCUGUUGAGCAAAUGUUGUUUUUCACUUUACCAACAGGAUCUGAUAGCAGAGCUGUGGUAACAGGAGGAGGUCUAUUUUCUUGGGGCACAAAGUUCAAGUAUAGUGGUAGAACAGAAAGAGAAAUAUUGGAAAGCUCCAAUUCAUUGGGCAGAGAUGAACCCUCAAUCAAGAGGACAUCCAGUUUACGUCGUAAAGCAUCUAGUGUACCUGCUACCCCAUCAACGCCUUUACAACCGCACUUAGGUUAUAGUACAUUACCAAGAUCUAGCCAAUCAGAUACAGGUGGAUCAAGGAUGGAAACUAGUAAUAGUACAGGAUUUCUCACUAACUUAGACAAUUUCCCAAUUUAUAGUGAUGUAGCCGCCUUAGAAACUGUAACUGAAGAUCAUGAAACGUUAGGAUUGCCAAAAUUACACACUUCAGUAUUAAAAGACGAUUCCCUUGAUCACUUCAGUGAUUACUACAUGAAAGACUCAUUUGAUCACUCAUCCUCUGAAUCUCAGCUUGUUGAUAGUAGUUUCAAAGACACAACAAACUUAUCGUACAGAUCAAGCCGCAGUCAAACGCCUCAACUUUCUCAUUCUCAGGUUGACGGUAGAAUAUGCUUGCCAAACUCUUCUCAUCAUGUUCAAACAAAUGUAAAGAAAAUUAAAAAAUUUUAUGUGAUAAGAAGGCUUAUACCAAUUUCCUUUGUGGUCAUGGUACUUGUUGUAAUCACAACAAUUGUGAUUUGUGAAACUGAUCUUGCAAAUUUGGGAGGCUUCAAAGACAUUCCAGAAUUGAUUUCUCUUAGAUAUCAGUUGUAUGAACCACUAAAACAAUAUUUCAAGAGUAAAAUGUCCUCUUGAAUAUGCACAUUAUUAUUUGGCUACUGUAUGUCUAUAUUAAUUUGGUUAUAGAUUCUUCAUUUUUAUCUUCAACUUCCUUGAUAAACAUUCCCUUAAAAUCAACAUGAAGUCUAGCCUAAUCAUUUUGCAUGAGGUUGAUUUUGUGCUUUUAUGAAUAUGUAAUUAAACUCUUUCAUUUUUUUUUCUGGAUCAUCAAUUAGUUGAAAAUCUGAAAUUUAUGUAAUGAAAAGUAAGAAAAAGAUAUUCUUUUUGAAAUUAGUUUCUUUCUAGAUCUUCAAAAACCGGAGAUAUUGAAUACAAUAUUCAUAAAAUAUAGAGUGUGUUUUAUCUGUUUUUACUGUAGUUUAACUGGGCUUAUUAUUGGGAAUAUUAGACUGCUUUCUUUUUUAAAGCUUUUGAAAACUGUUUUUCAAAAAAAAAUGUGCAACUUGGUAUAAAAACUUGAUCAAAAGAAAAGACGUUUAUUAUGUGAUUUCUAAGCUUAGUCACCUUGCGUACAAAUAACUGAUAGAUAUAGCAAUAAGACUUUUUUUACUUUUGAGGAAAUACAUCUUAUUCUAUUAGAUAUUUCACUCUAACUGUUAAUGAAACUUUGUUUUUUAUUUGAAAUUUUAUGUUUUAUGAUGUUCUCUUAAUGUUGAGAUGAGUAAUUGUGGCAUUAAGUGUAUGAAAUCUUAUUUAAUGCUUAAUAGAGUAAUUAACUGCACAAAAUGUCUUGGUCAUUGUUGAAAAUAUGUUGAGUGUUAAUUUGCUGUUAGAUAGUAUGAAUACUGUACUACUUAUAAUUUUUUUAUUGAUCUCAUUCAGGCAUUUUGACUAAUAAAAAAACAGCAAUAAUUUAUUAUAUCUACUGAAUUUUUUCUAUCGCUGUUAAGGGAAGUGUGUGAAAUGAUUGUUUUAUAAAAUGAAUGUAACGUGCAAUUUCUGGUGCACUUGUUCCUUAUGAAUUUUUGUCAAUUCUAUUAAAUACUUUCAAAAGUA